GUUUUUCACGAUGUCGCUUAUCGUGCCAAGGGCCUGAACGACCUUCUUGCCGGUGUCGAUGAAUUUCUCAGUGCGUCGACCGUUCUUCCUCCCGGUGAAUGGGAUCCUUCAAUUCGCAUUGAACCACCUCCCUUUGUUCCUUCACAGGUAGGUCAACAGAUUUGCUCGCUAAGACUUGUGGGAGACGGAGGUAAACUGUUGUUUUUGACAAAGGAUUUACGUUUUUGCUUUGAUUUCUUCGGAAUCUUCACAAGCCUUCUAGCCCUCUAG